GCUUGUUACAAGCGAUAGAGGCCUUGCCGAAAUGGCAAGGCAACUCUCGGGGAACGACACUUCGUCCAUCGUCAGCUUCACGCAGCAUUCACAGGGGAGGGGCAGCACUCUGAUUACGACGUGGAGUCCCGCGCUGUGCCAUUUCUCUCUUUGCAACCAUAUAUUUAGUCCUCGAGUGUCCAUUUAGCCCGCCACAAUGGCUCCAGCAACGUCAUCUCUUGUGACGAAAAUAAAGGUACAACUUAAGCUGUCCAUAGCACGCCUCCGCAUGGUCCAGAAGCGCGAUGAAGCCGUGACCAAGACCCAAAGGAGGGACAUGGCCAAGCUCCUCGAGGUUGGCAAGAUCGACUCUGCCCAGAUCCGUGUCGAGAACAUCAUCCGGAGCGAUAUCACCACGGAGCUUCACGAAAUACUCGAACUGUACUGCGAACUGCUGCUGGCGCGUGCCGGGCUGUUGGAGGCGCCCGCUUGCGAUCCAGGACUGGAGGAGGCAAUCAAGAGUGUCCUCUACGCCGCCCCAAAGACAGAGAUCAAGGAGUUGCACACGGUGCGGGCGCUUUUGGCUGAAAAGUACGGGAAGCAAUUUGUGCUCGACGCCAUGGAAAACAAGGACGGCAAGGUGAAUGAGAAGGUGGUCAAGAAGCUGAGUGUGACGCCACCGAGGCCGGAGCUAGUCCAAGGGUAUCUAGAGGAGAUUGCCAAGGCAUAUGGGGUCAAUUGGCCAAAGAAGGACCUAGGAGAGGCUCCACCGAAUUUCCUGGACGAUGACGACGACGAUCCAAGUGGGGGAGGGCAGCAGAAGAACCUAGAGUCGCCACUAAUAGCAGAGGAUGCAUCUUCUGAGAACCCUGCAGAGGAGCUCAGCAAGGCAACACCGCCCAAGAGUUUCGGUCCGAACAGUCCGUUGAGGGUAGCGCCUUCGAGCCCGUCCACGGAGAACCCACGGCCGAAGGUGACACUGAACAAGAUGGAGCUCACACCGAACAAGAAGAUGGAGGCUGCGAAGGCCGCACCAAAACUAUCAGCAAAGAAGGAUGACAUUGGUAGUGGGAUACCGGACGUGGACGAGCUGUCGAAGAGAUUUGCAGCCCUGAAGAGGUAGAUUGAUAGCAUGUGAUUGGCGUUUGUCUUUCACGAAGGUGAGGAGAUACAGCGGUAAGCGUUUUGAGAAAGUAACUCUCAGUGCUGUCAUUUUAAGAGACCUCCUUCAUGACUUUUGCAGACUGCCUUCGAGGCAUAAAUCGGACUAGGCGCUCUCGUGGGCAUACCUGACUAGACCACGUUGGAGAUUGAAUGCAAAGUCUCAGCCAGUGCCUGGUAGUAGUACGUGUUCUCCUAGCAGAGAGUUGAAUACGGUCAGGAAAUCUUUCAUAUAAGGGCAAAAGUCGGCCUGCAGAGGAGGAGU